AUGAUUGAGAGGAGAAGUGAUAUAAGUGGGGUUGCUGUAACCAGAGGAGGCAUAAGAGUAAAUCAUUUACUCUUUGCUGAUGAUUCUGUCAAAUUUGGGAGGGCUAAGUUGUCUGAGUGGUUUAAGAUUCAAGAACUCCUUAGUACGUAUGAGAGGGCUUCAGGACAGGGUAGAUCAAGGUAUAAUACCUUCAGGAGCUUAAAGGAAAGACUAUGGCACAAGGUGAACAAUUGGAAGAAUACAUUCCUUUCACAGGCAAGGAAUGAAAUAUUAUUGAAAGCUGUUGUCCAAGCAAUCCCAACAUAUUCAAUGAGUGUUUUCAUGCUUCCAAGGAGAUUGUGUAAAGAAAUUGCUGCAGUUAUGGCCAGAUUCUGGUGGGGGCAUAUGCAAAAUGAUAAAAGAAUUCAUUGGAAGAGUUGGUCAAAGAUGGGGGAAUCAAAGAAAAGAGGAGGGUUGGGCUUUAGGGAGCUUAAAAGCUUUAACAAAGCUAUGUUGGCCAAACAAGUUCAGAGGAUGUUGAAUAAUCAUUCUUCUUUGGUAGCAAGGGUAAUGAAGGAGAAAUACUUCAAAAGGGAGAAUCAGUUGGAAGCUAGAUUGGGUCAUGGUCCUUCUCUGAUAUGGAGAAGUCUAUGGUCUUCUAUGGGUUUGAUUAAAACUGUGAAAAUUCUACUUGAAAAUGCUUGUGUUAACCAACUUAUAGAUGAGAGUACAGGUCAUUGGAAGACAUUGUUGAUUUCUAAAAUUUUCAGUGCAGAAGAUGUUGAAGCCAUUUGUUGCAUUCCUCUUAGCAGGUUGGGGUCUGAGGAUAGAAUGAAAUGGGGCUAUUCACAUAAUGAUCUUUUUUCUGUGAGGAGUGCCUAUCAUCUUGAGCAUUCGAGGUUGAUAGCUGAUAAGGGGGAAAAUUCAAAUGUGUUAGAAAAUGAAUUUGGUUGGAAAUCGAUAUGGAAGUUAAAAGUGCAGGGAGUGGUAAAAUAG